UUCAUCUCCAUGAUGAUUUGCUUGAACACUUUUAGAGUCAUGUUUCUUUCCUUUCUUUGCUUCCUUUGUCUCAUCACUAAAGCCGUCUCUGGACCCUUUUGGCUAGACUGUCCAAACACAACUACCUACUCUCCAACCAGCACAUACAAAACCAACCUCAAUACCCUCCUCUCUGUCCUCACCUUCAAAGCCAACACCACCAAUGGUUUUUUUAACUUCACCACCGGCCUCAACUCACCGGACGUCGUUCACGGCCUCUUUUCAUGCCGUUGCGAUGUGUCGAAAAAUGAUUGUCAAAAUUGUGUGGUGACUGCAAGCAAAGAAAUACUAAAGUUAUGCCCCACACAGAAAAGGGUGAUAGUGUGGUAUGACAAUUGCUUGUUGCGUUACUCAAAUCGAUAUAUGUUCUCAAUUCUGGAUCAAUUGGCCAUAGCUCAAAAGUUUGAUCCACUUGAUCUUAAAGAUUGGGACCGGUUGAGGCGGGUUUUGGGGGAGAGGAUGGAGGAUAUAGCGAAUUGGGCAGCGAAUCAUCAAUCGGGCAAGAAGUUUGGUCCUAAACGCGCUGUUAGAUCUCUGUUGUCGAUUGGUUUUGAAUUGGAUGACUCCAAAAUUAUAUCGAAAGCUACUGCAUCACCGCUAGCGUCGGUCUCUCCUCCUCCUCCAGGUCCGGCAAGAAGUUCAGGGAAUGGGGGAAUCAUAUCUCAAGUACUCAUAGCCGUCAUAGUUUCAAUAGUGGUCUCUGUAUUGCUUUUCAUCUUGGCCUUUUAUUUCCUACGUAGGAAAGCAAAGAAGAAAGACAUAGCUCUUCAAGAAGAUACAUCUAGGAAUGAAAUUACAGAAGUUCAGUCCUUGCAAUAUGAUUUGAUUGCACUUCAAGCUGCCACAAACAACUUCUCCGAUGCUAACAAAAUUGGUGAGGGUGGAUUUGGUGUUGUGUACAAGGGUAUACUUCCCAAUGGACAAGAGAUAGCUGUAAAGAGACUAUCUCAAAACUCAAGCCAAGGUGUAGAAGAAUUUAAGAAUGAGGUUUUAUUGGUAGCCAAGUUUCAACAUAGAAAUCUAGUGAGGCUAUUGGGAUACUGCUUGGAAGGAAAAGAAAAGAUACUCAUCUACGAAUUUGUACCCAAUAGAAGCCUUGACUACUUUUUGUUUGAUCCACAAAAACAAGAAAUGCUGGAUUGGUCAAUACGUUACAAGAUUAUAAAAGGGGUAGUUCGAGGGAUUCUUUACCUUCAUGAAGAUUCCCAAGUUAAUAUUAUUCAUCGGGAUCUCAAAACAAGCAAUAUCUUGUUAGAUACCAAUAUGAAUGCAAAAAUUUCUGAUUUUGGCACUGCAAGAAUUUUUGGCGUUGAUAAAUCCCAAGAAAAUACAAGUAAAGUUGUCGGAACAUAUGGUUACAUGUCGCCGGAGUAUGUAUUGUACGGACAGUACUCUGUGAAGUCGGAUGUGUUUAGUUUUGGGGUCUUGCUUCUAGAAAUCAUUAGCGGCAAGAAGAACAAUAGCUUUUACCAAUCAGACUAUGCAGAUGACCUUCUGAGCUACGCUUGGAAACUUUGGAACGAUGGAAGACCCUUGGAAUUGAUGGAUCCAACUUUGGAAGGGUUUCAUUCAACAAAUGAAGUUCUUAGAUGUAUCCAUAUUGGCUUGUUGUGUGUCCAAGAAGAUCUGAAUGCCAGGCCCACCAUGGCGACAGUACUGCUAAUGCUCAACAGUUACUCAUAUACUAUGUCAGUUCCUCAACAACCUGCAUUCCAUUCUCUCAGCAAAACAAGGUCAAAUGCACUUAAAGGCCUAGAGUCUGGCGAGUCUACAUGGUCAGAAGUACCUAAAGGCCUAGAGUCUGACGAGUCUACAUGGUCAGAAGCACCUAAAGGCCUACAGUCUAAUGAGUCUACAACUAAGUCAAUGCCAUGGUUAGUUAAUGAAGCAACAAUUACUAAAAUGUACCCAAGAUAAUAUGAGAAGAGUAGUCCAAAUCACAAUUGUAGAAUAGCUUUAUGUUGUGAGAUGAGUAAACUACUCAAAUGGGAAAGAUGUGUAUCAAUAUUUGAAGGAUUCAAAACCUAAUGUAGUGGUUUUCAGGAAUUCACUCCCUUAUUUCUGUUACCUGAUUCCACUUUUGUAAUGGUCAUAGGAAAAUUCCAGGAGUUCUAUAAGAGACAGUCCACAUAUUCAUAUGAUGUCUGAUGUGUUUGUAACUAAAUUGUAUGAAAUAGUCCAAAUUGGCUAAGGUUGAAAGUGUGCUUUUAACAUGUACAAUCUCAGGUAAUAUUUGUAA